ACACUGCCAAUGCUCUUAACUCCUGACCUACUAACACAGAUCCAUGAGUCAGGAGGCACAUUGGUGAAAGGAAAAAAAAUCGGAAGAGAACGUGGUUUUCUCCUCUUUGUAAAAUGUAGUCGACCCAAAUAUUUUCUCACGUUUGGGAGGGUAAACACCCCGGUGAUGUCUGACGUCUUCGUUAAGGACAACGUCUGUAAUAUCACCAGCCAAUUUCAACUAGCGACAAGGUACAGUAAGAACAUUUUGUGAUGAGCAGUGGAUUGUCCCUCAUGGAAGAUAUCAUUAGGUGAAAGCAUGAUGAGGAACAGUUAAAUACUUCAGAGGUUACUGUCACAAAUAUGCAGUCAGUUAAGCAAGAAAUUGACUCCGGUGAGCCCUAUAGUGGAGAUGAUGCCCUGCUACUGGCUGUGGCCUUACAAGGCACAAACCGGGACUUGAUAGGUAAUGUCUCUGCUCUACCCUUCAUCGCUAAAACUACUUGUCGCAGAAAAAGGGAGUUUAUCCCAGAGGAGAAGAAAGACACCAUUUAUUGGGAGAGACGCCGCAAAAACAAUGAAGCGGCGAAACGCUCAAGGGAGAAGCGCCGUAUAAAUGACAUGGUGCUCGAGAACAAGCUGAUGGCCCUGGGAGAGGAAAACGCCUCCCUCAAAGCCGAACUGUUGUCACUGAAACAAAAGUUUGGCCUUUUAAGCCCAGCAGCAUACACCCAAGAACUUAAGAAGUUAUCGAGCCACAAGAGUGCCCGUCUAUAUCAGCAAUUCGUCACAGCCAGUGUUGACCAAGGCUCCUCCAGCAAGGAAACGCAGCCUCAUCACCUGCGCAGUAGUUGCAUUUCCGUCAUCAAACAUUCACCAAAUAUAUCCAAGGCAUGUGCUCCAACUCAGGAUAGUUUAAGUAUGCCCAGAACCACAGAGGUCAAACGGGAACCAGCGGAGAAUGGCGUCUUUCCACCAGAGAGAAGUAGUCCCUAUGAACUCUUUAGGAACUACAUGGCCAGCCCGAUGUCGAGAAUCUACACCCAACCAGCUCAGUUCUUACAGAUCACCAGGUCAUCCAGUAACUCUCCCAGGAGCUCAGAUGACGGUGCUGUGAGCAAAUCAUCAGAUGGCGAGGAUGAACAGCAGGUCCCCAAAGGGUUGACGCCGUCAGCAGCUGACCCAAGAAGCGUUAUUGUAUCCACACACAAAGUGCCCGAGGCCAGUUCUUCAGCGCUGCCUCAUAAAUUGCGAAUCAAAGCCAAAACCAUCCAAAUCAAAGUCGAAGCCAUCGACCCAGAGUACGACUCGUCGAGAAAGUUCUCCUCACCGGUCAACGGAUGCUUCCAGGCCUCCUGGGACACUUCGGAGUGCUCUCAGUCCUUGCCGUGCCCUUUGUCAGAACAGGUCACCGCCAUGCAGGACUGGACCCAGCCAUCGGAGCAGUGGCAUAAAAUCAGCACAAAAACACUUCAGCACAGCUGCUUGAGUAGCAGGCAAAACCAUAACGUCUCAGACUUCCCGACUGUGGAUGUAAACCAGCCAUCCUAUGCACACUCGGACGGUGAGGAGCGCAAAAGUUGCCCCUCUGAACAAACACAGCACUUCACGGCAAGGGGCUGGAAUGAAACCAAGUGAAGCAUCCGCUCAUCACAAUGAGUCCCUCUUGCUAGCUCGUCUGCCUGAAGAACCCUCAGAUGAUUUGUAUCUUCACUUAUUUGGUAUUACACUUGUGUGGUUGAUGUUUGGCUUUGGAGCAACUUCUUGGUCACUGUAUAUUUUCAAAAUAAAAGAUUUUGCAAUUCUAGUAUACGGUGGUAAUUUGGUAAGCACAAAAACAAAGCCUCAUGUUUAGGAAGAUUAUCUCUACUUAAAAUAGAAAUGCAAAUAUAAUUUCACAUCGCUGAUGGGACUGAAAAGUGACUUCUUAAAUUGUUGUUUUUUUUAUUUAUUUUAUUUACUCAUCAUUACCAAAUGUGUCUGUUUUCCUCUGUUGCUCUAACAGUAUAUAGUUGUUCACGUAAAACUACAGAACUGACAAUUAUGAAAAAUUGUCCUUUUCAGAAAUAUUAAAAGUAAAUUUUUUGGGGGGCGGUGGGGUGAAUCACCUUUCAAUGCAUUGUUGAACAUACUGCACUCAAACUUUGAAAAUGGGCUCACAUUUUCAAAAAAAUGGUCACAAAUGAGAGAUGCAAUUCUGUCUGUAAUAAACUGGUUAUUUAAAAAUUGCAAAAGUUGUUCAAAAAUGUUCAUAUGUGUUGGAUUACCACCUGUUUGUGUCACAUGUCACUAUGUUCUAUAGAUGCUGAUUUUGUAGUUUUCCUAUAUAGUCAAUGCAGUUUACACUGAAUAAGGUCAUUUACAAAUUAUGUUUGGUAAUAAUCUGGAUUUUAUCGAACAAAACAACCAUGGUAAAAACAAUGUUUGUAUUAUAAAGGUACUCAAAAUAGUGUUCCAAAUGACUAUGCAGUUACCACAAAUGAAAUGGGUGAAAGAAAUGUCAUUUCUGUCACAACCGUAAUUUAAAAAAAAAAUCAUGCAUGAAUGAUAUUUCACCCCUAAACAUCUUGACUGACCAACGUUCAUGUUAAUUUAAACCCUCUUCAAUCUCACCCAAGCAACUCUCUCAUCCAUUGAACUUUGGAGUCUCUGUUUGGAGGGAUACUGCUGUCCACUCUUAUAGAUCGUUUUGGGAUUGGUUUCACAGGUACUCAAUAGGGUUUAGGUCAAAGGUGGUGUCCACACCAUGAAUUUUAUCCCUUGACAUACCAUGUGGUAUUGAGUGAAUUGUUUUGCAUGAAUGACCGUGGCAGAAAAUUCCUCGGUCAGUUUGACUACUCGAGGCCACACAAGUGGCCAAGCAUGUUACUCCCAUCUUGAAAUUUACUCCACAGAGUCCUUGCUGACAUCGCAACCUUGUUUGGAUAUUGUCACCUUUGAAGAAUUCCAUUCAUCGGGAUCAUACAAAAUAGCAUAGAAUUGAUCAGUUUUAAAAGUAGUCUCAGGAUACAGUAUGUCUGUGAAUAUUUUCAUUCAUCUAGGUCAUUUCGUUCUUAUGGUAUUUAAUGGAUCACUAAUGCCGAAAAAUUCAAUGAUCUGAGAAACAAAUUAACAUUCUGUUGGUGAUGUUGAAAUCUCCAGUAGUCUCGUUACUCUUUGCAAGGCAAUGGGCUACUCCACAAGUCACUUCAGCAGAAUAGCCUUUUGCCCUCAUUACGCAUUAAUAAAUAACUUAAGUUUCAAUGCUCUUAUGUCAUUUUCUCUAGCUUAUUUUUAGUUGGGAAAACAAAUGAUCGAACUUGUCUGAUGACGAUAUCAGUAAUGGAUCUAGAAAGACUUGAUGUGCUUCAGCAGGAAAAACUAAUGGCUCUUGUAUGCGUUAUAAUUUGGAAUAUGUACAGUGAAUGUAUGGCGCUUUAAUUUUCCUUGUAGCACCUAUAUAACCUGUUGCUCCUGUUGUUGUCAUCGUCUUUUUAACCACCAUUGUCCUUUAGAUUUUACAAGUAUGUAAAAGUUGUAUCCCUGCUACCAUAACCGAUGGCAGUUUGGCAAAUGUUGCCCAAGUUUUGAACUGGCCGGUUUGCCUUAACGCUAGAAUUCAGAAAGGUGAUUAUGAUUACUGUGAUGUGGCCAUUGUAUGUCCGAAAACAUUUGGCUAGAUUUGUAUUGUUUGGAGACACUCAUAACAGUAUGUAAACCUCUGCUUGGAAUGUUUAUCAGGUAAUGUAAGAUUUUGGACAAGAGGGUAAAGUAUUUAGCACUUUAAUAAAUUGGUAGCCACAUUUCCAAUCUGAGAUUUGACAGGAUUGUCACAUUUUAUACAGAUUGUGUACAGCACCUCAGUUCAAAAUACCUUAAUGUAUGUAUGAGGAAUAAAUUCAUUGCACUGA